AUGCACUCUCGCCGGCGCGUUUCUGUGCUGCGAUUUUUCAUUCAUUUCUCUUCGGGGUUGGCCGUGUUUAACGUGCACUUAAGAACAUGGGAAGAUUUUUUUAUAAGUCGAACAUCAUCUGCCAACUGCUCAUCAUUCUUGCAAAUAUCACUAGCUAUGGACAUUCACAUUUCGUCGAACUUUCGACAUUUCUUUCAGGAAGAUGAAUAUGCGUACGUGCAAUACAAAUUACCCGAUGAAGAAUUACAAAUUAUUGGAUAUACACCGUUGAUUAAUUCAAAUGUCGCUCAUCAUAUGCUGACGUAUGCAUGUGCAGAACCAGCUUCUAAUCUACCAUUCUGGAUACAGGGUGGAACAUGUCGAGGCGAACAAAUGAUUGUCCAUGGAUGGGGUUUGAAUGCACCUUCAUUGAAAUUACCCCAAGAUGUCGGUUUUCCAGUUGCAGUAGCAAGGGGCGAUAACUCGGGAAAUCAAAUUAUUCUAAGUCGAAAACUGCGUAAAUAUCAUGCUGGUAUCAUGCUAGGCGCUACAGGUGCUAUACUGUUACCUUCAAAAACAAAGACUAUUCGUACACCAUUUUCGUGUGAAUAUGAUGGUCCACCCAUUUCUAUUUUUGCUGUUCGUGUUCAUGCUCAUCAAUGGGCACGCGUCAAUUCGCUGUAUCGAGUACGUGAUGGAACCGUGUCACUAGUUACAAAAGGCAAUCCACAGUGGCCACAAGCAUUCUAUCCCCUUUCAGCGCCUGUUCAAAUCGAAAAGGGCGAUUUCUUUAUCGGGCAAUGUGUUUAUGAUAAUAACGACGAUCGAAUCAUUCAUGCUGGGUCGACGCAUUCUGAUGAGAUGUGCAAUGUUUAUGCAAUGUACUCCUAUGAAGCAACACAAAGUCGAGACGGUAGAGCACCUGUUCGAGAUUGCUGGGGUGAUACAGUCAGUAAGAUGUCGAGUCUUCUCCCUGAAGAUAGUUUAAUCGCUCCGCCUAACCCAGAUGGCAUCACUACGGUCAAUCAUGAUGCUCACGGUAACAAUCACGAAACAACAGCACUUCGAAAUUCUAUAAAAUACACAAAUAUUGAAACUUGGCCUGAACAGAAGACGACAACAAGUCAACUUGGUCAUGUCGGUGGUAUUGCCUUGAACAAUGUUGACAAAGAACUUGUUGUGUUCCAUCGUGGUACACGAAGAUGGGAAUCUCAAUACUUCGACGGCGUUCGUUUUCGUAAUGAAAUCUACGGUGCAAUUAAAGAAAACGUUCUCACACAUAUUGAUACACAAACUGGACUGAUUAAAUCCCAAUGGGGCGCCAAUCUGUUUUACAUGCCACAUGGAUUAACAAUAGACCAUCGAGGAAAUUUUUGGUUAACUGACAUUGCCAUGCAUCAAGUAUUUAUGUUUAAAUCGGAUAAUUUAACGCAUCCGGUCCUGACUGUAGGCCAGAAAUUUCAAUCGGGCACGGGUCCCAAUCGAUUCUGUCGACCAGCAGAUGUUGCUGUAAUGAAGAACGGAGACUUUUUUGUCGCUGAUGGAUACUGCAAUAGUCGUAUUGUCAAAUUUAAUGCAAAAGGUGAAUUUAUUAAAGAAUGGGGUUCGUCAAUGAGUGGCAUGCAUGAUAGCGAUGACUAUCCAUUACCCAAUGAAUGGAAUGUCGUUCAUUCCAUUGCAUUGAAUGAAGAUGCGUAUUUGUUGUGUGCUGCUGAUCGUGAAAAUUUCCGCAUUCAAUGUUUCCAUUCGGAAACGGGAAAUUUCCUCCGCCAAAUACAUGUUGAACCCAGAGGAACAAAUGGUGCCAUUUAUGCGAUUGAAUUUGCUCCACAUGUCAAAGGUGCAAAUGCACUUCUGUUCGCUGUUACUGGUGGUCCUCAAACAGCGAACGAAAAGAUCUACGUAAUCAACGCACAAAAUGGCGAAAUUGUCACAUUAUUCGAGAGAAAUCCACCUUUAUCUGCUGCACACGACAUAACUGUUUCAAGAGCAGCUGCAGAAGUUUAUGUCGGGGAAUUGGUGUCACCACCCAUGAACUCUAUACACAAAUUCGUCCUUCAGAAAGAUGAAACUAAAGCAACUUUGACUUCAAGUUUCUCGGAAACAACCAUGACUGUAUUCAAAAAAUUAGCUACUGCACCUAAAAUAGUAAGAGUUACAAUCGUCAUAGCAGUAUGCACUCUUAUUUCAACGGCUCUUACGCUCAUUCUCUUCAGCGUUUAUCGAAUAUUGAAAUCACGUCAAGAUAAACGUUCGAAUUCAUACUCUAUUGAUCUGAAAAACAAUCGCACAAGUGGUGGUUCGCUCUUUACUAAUUGGUUGCAUCCUCGUCAGCAAGGCUUUGAUAAACUGGAACAAGACAUUGACGAAGAAGAAGAUCAGUUGUUAAAUUCCGACGACGAAAGUCAAGCGACAACAUCCAAUGUUGAUAGUGCAGCAGUUCAAAUCGAAAUCAAGGAAAAAACCACCAAAUUCAACAAAAGAAACAAUCCUGGAACGUUGAAAUUGUCAAACAAUCUGUAA